AAGUUUCAGUAGUUUAGUCAUCCAAGCGAAGAAAGAGAGACAAAACCAACUUAAAAGUUAACAGAAUAUGCAAAAUUUGCUCAAAAAAAGUUGGAGGACUCGGUAGCUUAUAUGCUCAUGCGCUCUCUCUCUCUCUCUCUCUCUAAAACUCUCUGGAAUUGUCGAAGAUCUGGAGCUUAGGGCUUCUCUAUCUCUCUAGAUCCCUCUCCCUUUCUCUAGGUUUCUGGGAUGGGCACUUUGACUGCAACUCCAGUGCUCCCAUCAAACCUAAAAUCUUCUUCACUCAAACAAGAAAAUAAUUCUUUCUUGGUGCACAGAACAAGGAGAAGGAGAAGCGAGAAGAACCACUCUAUAGUCCCAGUGGCUAGAUUAUUUGGACCUGCAAUAUUUGAGGCAUCAAAAUUGAAGGUAUUGUUCUUAGGAGUGGAUGAGAAGAAGCAUCCAGGGAAGCUUCCAAGAACAUAUACACUUACACACAGUGAUAUAACCUCUAAGCUCACUCUUGCCAUCUCUCAAACUAUAAACAAUUCCCAGUUACAAGGGUGGUACAAUAGACUACAGAGAGAUGAAGUGGUGGCAGAGUGGAAGAAAAUCAAAGAAAAAAUGUCUCUUCAUGUUCAUUGUCACAUAAGUGGUGGUCAUUUCUUAUUGGAUCUCUGUGCUAGGCUCAGAUACUACAUCUUUUGCAAGGAACUUCCUGUGGUAUUGAAGGCAUUUGUUCAUGGGGAUGAAAGCUUAUUUGACAAUCAUCCAGACCUAAAGGAGGCAUUGGUUUGGGUAUAUUUCCAUUCCAACAUACCAGAAUUCAACAAGGUGGAGUGUUGGGGCCCACUCAAAGAGGCAUCAUCUCCUUCUAGUGGGGCCAAUGGAGCCUACAACAUUUGUGAUGAUGAUAAUCCUCAGCCAUGUGAGGAGGCUUGCAAUUGUUGUUUCCCACCAAUGGGUUUGAUUCCAUGGGCCCAAAAUCUGUCUGGUGUGAGCGAGAUUGGUGAAUUCACCCCCAAUGGCAUGCACCAGGGGCAGCAGAAUUUUGUCUCUGGUGGUGGUUCUUGAUAUCUCAUUCAUUUGCAUUCUAAAAAUGUGCGUAAAUAUAAAUAAUAGUCUCCAUUGUGACCUUAAAUGUACACUCGUGGUGUACUGGAUUGAAUAGGAUUACAGAAGAAAAGUAUUGGACGAAAUACGUAAUUGUCAUGUCCAUUGCAUUUAUAAAUUUCUUUAGACGACAAUUUAAUAUACCAAACAUGACGUGUACGUGUAUAUUUAUUUGAUUGUUCUUGCUAAAACAUAUCUUAAGAAAUAUUGUCGUAGGAAUGCUAUGUAUGAUUUGUAUUCAAGAUUAUUGUUGUAUAAAUUCUUUAUUCUA